AAGCUUGGCCUAAGCAGAGAGAGGGGAGAGAGAGAGGGAGAGCUCAGUCUCAGCUCUCAGCUACGUUACCCGUUUCUUUCUUUCUCCAUUUUCAGUCGAUAUUCAGUACCAGCAGUACCACUGCAUCAGUCGAUCUGUCGAUGUCGAUUACGGCGGCGUCGACGACAUGUCGUUUCUUCUUCUUUCCAAUCCGAUAUUCUGCUGAUCCUAAUCCCAGGCGUGGUUUCGGAACCAGUUCAAACGACAACAACAACACCAACACCAACCCCAACAAAGGGAAGAAAGUUACUAAAAAGGGCAUGGUCCUACAACAAAGGAAAUCAAAAACUAUACCAUCUGAUGCUGUUCCUACUGAGGCACCUGGUGUGAGUUCUCGAUUUGGUGGGAAAUCUAAUACCACUACUUUAAAAGACCUUGAUUUUGAGGAGCGGCUGAAAGCAGUUAAAAGGGCAGCCCUUGAGCAGAAAAAGGCAGAUGAGGAAAAAGAAUUUGGACCAAUCGACUAUGAUGCACCUGUUGAAUCACAGGAGAAAACAAUUGGACUUGGUACCAAGAUUGGAGUAGGUGUAGCUGUUGUGGUUUUUGGCUUGGUAUUUGCUCUUGGGGACUUUCUUCCAACGGGAAGUGUUGGUCCUGAGGAUGCUGCAGUUGUUGGUAAUCAACUGUCAGAAGAAGAGAAAACUACUCUUCAGACUCAACUGAGAGGAUACGAAGCAACACUGAGCAAUUCCCCAAAAGAUCCAACUGCUCUUGAGGGAGCUGCUGUAACCUUGGUUGAGUUAGGAGAAUAUGCUCGAGCGGUCUCUUUGCUUGAGAACUUGACAAAGGAGAAGCCAAGUGACCCUGAUGUUUUUCGUUUGCUUGGAGAAGUUAAGUAUAAACUAAAGGAUUAUGAGGGAAGCGCUAAUGCAUAUGAAAGUGCUGCAAAGGUGUCUAAGUAUCUCAGUUUUGAAGUUCUACGAGGCCGAGCAAAUGCACUACUUGCUGCUAAGAAACCAGAUGAGGCUGUACGGUUCCUUGUUGCCACCCGAGAAGGCCUAGCCAAGGAAAACUCGAAUGGAAAAACUGAGAGCAGUACUGAGGACUCGGAAAUGCAGAAAUUAGAUCCUAUUCAAGUUGAUUUACUUCUGGGGAAAGCCUAUUCAGAUUGGGGACAUAUUAGCGAUGCUGUGUCUGUCUAUGAUCGGAUCAUCUCUAGCCACCCUGACGACUUUCGCGGUUACUUGGCAAAGGGAAUUAUUUUGAAGGAAAACGGGAACAAUGGAGAUGCAGAGAGGAUGUUCAUACAAGCACGGUUCUUUGCACCUGAGAAUGCCAAGGUACUUGUGGAUCGCUAUUCGAGAAAAUGAGGCACCAUUGCUGCUCUAUCUGCAUAAUGAUAAUUGGUAUGGCAAUGAGUCUAACUAUUACAUAUCUUAGGAAAAAGAUGUUUCAGACCAGUACAGUUUUGACCAUUAAAUUUCAGAUAAACGUACUUAAAAAGAACAUUAAUAUUUUCAGAGAAAUCCUAUUAAUAACAAGGAUGAAAUUGGUAUUUUGUUUUUAUUUUUAUUCUCUUGAACAAAUAGCUCUCAAUGAAGAAAGAAUUUGUAAGUAACAUUAGAAAUACCACUAGUUAAACUUACAGCAUUUGACUUUUAA